CUGUAGUAAUGAAAUGCAGGAAGAGGCGAAGGAGAGAGAGAGGAGCAGUGUGGGAAAUGAGGUCCCUGCUGAACCCCAGAAUAUGAGAACAGAGGACAAGAUGGGAGACAAAGACAAACAACUGAAGAACUUCAAACCUUCUAUAGUUCCAGGUCUCAGCAGGUCUUUGGGGUACCAGCCUAAGAUGCCUCGUCUGAGACUGACACACACCUUCUUGUGGUAUCUGGUCUACGGACACCCCCUGAGACACCCCUCUACCCCCACUCCCCCUGACCUCCACAACACCUCCAGCUCUAUCGUCCUCCCCACUGAUAACCCUGGUGUCCAGACUACCUACCCCACCACCCCCAGUAACCCCUCACAACCCCAAACUACACACCAUGACGACACCCAUCCUUCUAGCUCUGAACACACAGACCUUACCACCUCAACCCCCCGAAACACAGACUCCCCAAUCCCCAGAACUCAGACCUCCCCACUUCAACCCCCCGAAACACAGACUCCCCCAAUCCCCAGAACUCAGACCUCCCCACCUCAACCCCUCGAAACACAGACUCCCCCAAUCCCCAGAACUCAGACCUUACCACCUCAACCCCGAAACACAGACUCCCCCAAUCCCCAGAACUCAGACCUCCCCACCUCAACCCCCCGAAACACAGACUCCCCCAAUCCCCAGCACUCGGACCUCCCCGACACCCAGAGCCCACCCACUGACAACGCUGCAGUAAGCGACCCCGCCUCCACAGAGGGACAGCCAGGCCUGACCCCUGACCCGGAAGUGAUGUCAUCGUUGGCGGAGGAAGGGCAGGACGUGAUCAAUCUGACAGAUGUCGGACACGACCCUGACAUGAAAGUCUAUGUAGAUGAGGUGUCUUGGAGGAGGUUCAUCCCCCCGGCUCCGGUCCACAGAGAGUUUGGUCCAGGCUGGGCCCUGACCUCUGAUGUGGUUCUCUGUCUGCCUCUCUCCAUCUACAUUCAGAUUAUACAGAUAUCCUUCAAGGUGGAUGGUUUGGAGGAGUAUCUGAACGACCCAGUGAAGCAGCACUACCUCAUCAGGUUCCUGCCUUCUAGGAUGAAGACCCAACUACUGCACAAACGGAAGUACAUCUUUAGUUUCCAUGACAGCAUGCAGCGUCUGAUUUUCAUGGGUCUGCUGCAGUUUGGCCCGGUGGAGAAGUUCCAAGACAAAGACCAGGUGUACCUGUAUGUGAAGCGUAACUGUAUGAUAGUAGACACUACUAUGUGUGAGCCCCACUAUAACCUGGUGUUGGAAACGAGGGUGUUUGAGAGACGCAGAUACACACUGAGCACCCUGACAGACGUAGAUAACUACUGGUUUGACCUGAUGUGUGUCUGCCUCAACACACCACUUGGCGUGAUCAGGAAGGAGCGUCCGAAGAGAAGCUCUGCCUCCAAAUCCCAGGAGGGGCCAGUCGGGGUUCCCGUGGAAACAGACCGCCACAAGUUCCGUCACCUGGAUCACAUGCUCAAGGGCAGCAGGGAGGUGUGUUACACAGCAGUAAUACCAGGGGACGGUAAAGGAGCAGGAGGUCUGGACUCUGAGUUCUUCGGACACCUCAAACGCAACUGGAUUUGGACCUGUCAUCUGAUGAGAACCAAGAGGAGCAACAACCAGUACGAGUCCAGUAACACCGUGAGACUGAAUAGUCUACUGACCAAACAUGUGACCAUGGAUAGAGGCCCCAAGUUCCCCGGGCCCCAGUCCUCUAAGCAGGGGGUCCCAGCAGGGUUGAGGUUGGAGGAGGUCCACAUCAACACUGAGCCGUCCAGUAGGAACCGGCUGGUUAAAGGAGGGAAGAAGCAGAAGAGGAAGAGAACCAUUAAACUGAAAAAACAGGCCAAAACACCACAGAAGAAGAAGAAAGUCGAGGUUAGAAAGCGGCCCCCAGUCCAUGAUGCAGCAGACCACAAAGCUCUGAUGAUGAUGACCAGACAGAGAGUAACAUGGAGCGUCAGUGAGGACUCUGUACUCAUCCUCUGUAGAGUCGCUUCACACUUCCUGAACCGCAAGCUCCGCAGGCCCUUCGUCCCGUGGUGUGUAGUGAGGGAUCUGCUCCACGCAGAGUUUGAAGAGUCUCUGGAUAAAACCUCUCCGUCUGUUGGACGACGAUCACGUUACAUCCUGAAGAACCCACAGACAUACCUCAACUACAAGAUCUGUCUGGCGGAGGUGUACCAGGACAAGCCUCUGAUAGCGAAACUUCAGGGAAGGAAACACGACCCCAACGACCCCAAGGAAUGUUCUACAGUAUUCCGGGAGUUUGUGUCGUUACUCAGACAGAAGUUCAGCUCCGCCUCCGGGUCGUGUGAUGUCACCAUCCCUGACACCAAGACACAGCUGUUCUCACGGUUCAAGGUGUACACCCUGGAGGACAUGUCAGAUGAGAAGACCAAGGACUCUCUCAACAGUAUUGAGGACAUCCACUCCCUGGUGUUGAAUAAUCUGAUCCAGAGUACAUUGGCCAUGUCCAACUCUCAGAUGAAAUGCUGCCGAUCUUUCCAGACCUUCCAUACCUACAGUAGGUACCGUCAGGAGGUUCUGUGUCAGGUGUUUGUCCAGUGCAGGAAGAAGGGAUUGGUCAACAGGCGAAGGAUCAGUCAACUGUGUGGUCCCAAUAAGAACCGUGCCCUACCCAUCCUGCCCAUGUCUUACCAACUGUCUCAAAGCUACUACAGGUGUUUUACAUGGCGUCUGCCCAUGGGUCUGUGUACAGAGGUGUUUGACUUCAUGCAGGCCUUGAGUGAGAACGGGACUGGAGACAACCACCCUUCCACGGUCUUCAUACACGAAGGAAAGGAGAAGGAGAAGUGGGUGCGCAUGGAGAGAGGGGAGGUGGGCAUGGAGAGAGGGGAGGUGGGCAUGAGAGGGGAGGUGGGCACGGAGAUAGGGGCGGUGGGCACGGAGAGAGGGGAGGAGAGAAGUGAGAAGAAUAUGGAAAGAGGGGAGGAGGAGAGAGAAAAAGAGAAAGAUGAAGAUAUGGAGACGGAAGACAGAGGGAAGAACACAGAGAACGAGGAGGAGAACGAGGACAACGCGGCCCACAACCAAGCGGAAGAACAGGUCUCGUCUUUUACCGUCCAUGGAGUUGACUCUACCUCCGGGGGCCCUGCCUCCUGUCCUCUCACCCAGACGGAGGAGCCGGAGUCGGGGACAGCACCCGGCCCUGCCUCCUGUCCUCUCACCCAGACGGAGGAGCCGGAGUCGGGGACAGCACCCGGCCCUGCCUCCUGUCCUCUCACCCAGACGGAGGAGCCGGAGUCGGGGACAGCACCCGGCCCUGCCUCCUGUCCUCUCACCCAGACGGAGGAGCCGGAGUCGGGGACAGCACCCGGCCCUGCCUCCUGUCCUCUCACCCAGACGGAGGAGCCGGAGUCGGGGACAGCACCCGGCCCUGCCUCCUGUCCUCUCACCCAGACGGAGGAGCCGGAGUCGGGGAAAGCACCCGGCCUUGACCCCUCUCUCCCUCUGGAUCUCACGGAGAUGUUGCAGUUCUCCCUGGAGUCCCCGGGGGGCGCCACUCUGGCCUGUCUCAGUCUGAUGACUCUGGGUCUGCUGUCAGUCCACGUCUCCAUACCUGAACACAUAGUGGUGUUGGACAGCACCAUGGUGGACAAUGAGGUGGUUAAGAGUAUCUCAGUGCUGGCUGAGGAUGAUGAUGAUGAAGAGGAGAACGAGGGGCGGAGUCGGAUCGAGGUCAGGGCUCACAAGGCGUCCCACACCAAGUACCUGAUGAUGCGUGGAUACUGCGUUCCCGGGAUCGUCAACCUCCGAAACCUCAACACCAACGAUAGUAUCGUGGUGGAAUCGUGCACCAUGAGACUACAUCUACGACACACACCUGUACACACACUGUUUACUACCCAGGACUCUCCUCCCAUAGACUUCUCCAGACACGGUCCCUCUCUCCUCCCCUCUUUACUCUCCCAUUCCCUCAGAGCCCAUCCCUCCUCCUCCUCCUCUCCCUCCUCCUCCCCCCUCCCCUUCUCCCCCUCCUCCUCCGUAGAGGUGUGUGAGGGGCGUCUGGUGACUCAGAGAGGGUAUAGCCCAGAGGACAUUGGUGCUGUGGCAGAGCUCAGAGCAACGCUGGAGAGACACGGAGCCUUCGGAUUGGACAGGCGGGACCUGGUGACAUCACACACACACCUGGCCGACCCGAGAGACGGACGGACCAGAGGUCUGCAGCGGUACAUACAGGACUUGCUGGAGGAAGAGCUGGUGUUGGAGGUGGGAGGGAGCUCAGUGCGUCUGGUGUUAGUGAGUCACGCUGAGCCCUGGCUACUGACCUCCACAGAGAGUCAGAGAGACCGGCCACACCAAACCCAGCGAGGAGCCUCUGCCUUUGGGGACAGAAAGCACCACAACCCCCUCCUCCGCAAGAGAAGAAUGGUGGCCCCCAGAGAGCAUGAACCACGUAGUAAGAGAGGGAGAAGAGAAACGCUGAUGGAGGAAGAGGAGGUUGAGAAGAGGGAGGAGACACCGGAGGAGGAGGAGGAGGAGAAGAUGCAGCCUGAAGAGAAAGACAGGAACGAGACUGCAGAGAGAUGGAUGAAGAGAAGAGAGGAGGAGGAAGGGAAAGAAGAAGAGAGGGUACAAGAGGAACCAUCAUCUACCAUUGAGACAGAACAGAGCACAGUGGGCGACGGCGAGAAGCCAUUUUCAUCUCUAGCUGAGGAAGAGGAUGGUGAAGCUAGCAGUCUGCGUGAGGAAGAGGAUGGUGAAGCUAGCGGUCUGCCCGAGGAAGAGGAUGGUGAAGCUAGCGGUCUGCGUGAGGAAGAGGAUGGUGAAGCUAGCGGUCUGCCCGAGGAAGAGGAUGGUGAAGCUAGCGGUCUGCGUGAGGAAGAGGAUGGUGAAGCAAGCGGUCUGCGCGAGGAAGAGGACGACAGCGGCGGCGUGUGUGACGUGUCGUUCGUCAGUCGUCCGUGGCGUAUCGUGGACGGCAGUCUGAACAGGCCGGUGUGUAAAGGCAUGCUGGACGCUGUCCUCUACCACAUCAUGACCCGGCCUGGUUUACCAGAACACGUCUUGCUGGAACACUACAGAGGGGUCUUGCAGCCAGUGGUGGUACUGGACCUCGUGCAGGCCCUCGCUGAGUUGGGCUGUAUCAAGAAGAAGUACGUGACCAGACGUCCCAAACCCUCCCUCUUCUCCCGUCCAGCCGCCGUCCUCAUGGUGGGGGAGGAGAGAGAGGGAGAGAAGGGGGUGAGGCUGGAGGAGACGGGGGUGAGGCUGGAGGAGACGGGGGUGAGGCUGGAGGAGACGGGGGUGAGGCUGGAGGAGACGGGGGUGAGGCUGGAGGAGACGGGGGUGAGGCUGGAGGAGACGGGGGUAAGACCGGCUGAGACGACCACUGUGUUCUAUGAGCCGACCAUCGACUGCUGUCUGCGUCUAGGACAGGUUUUACCCCAUGAAAACAACUGGAACCAGUGGGUCCAGUUCGCACAACAUGAGAACAAACAGUAAGGACUGGAGUUAAAACUGAUCUGGGUUCUAAUUCUUUAGUACCUCGCUGUACUGAAACGUUUUUAUACUGAAAAUGUUUUGCAACAAAAAAAGUUUAUAUUGUGAAAAAUGAAAGUUAGUCCCUAUGAUUCUGUUGUUAGUGGAUACACACCAGGACUGCUAGGGGACGGGAGUUUUACUUGAUCACGAUUAAUAGGCCCAGGAGUUAAAACAACAAGUUUCUUCACAGUGGUUUAGUUUCAGUUGUAGUAACACAGAUCUCUGGGAAUUAGUUUCACAUCUUAGAUGUCCUUUCAUCGGGGAAAACAUGUUAUGGUUUCAUCUCAGUUUUGUUAUUGUUUUCUUGAAAGUGUGAUUUAAUAAAAAAUUAAAAUUGUGAAA